AUGGGCAACAAACAAGUCAAGCAGCAUUUUGAGACUGCUCAGAAGACGGGAGUGUUAAAAAUUUCCCAAAUGAGGCUAAAUGAAUUUCCUUCUGCGCUGAAGGCAUUCCCAAAUGUGCUGAAAACGUUGGAUCUGUCCGAAAAUCGCUUCGUGGAGCUGCCGGGUGACGUUGGAAAGUUUACGAUCUUGAAGCAUAUCAACGUUGCCGGAAAUCGCCUAACAUCGAUACCGGAGAUCAUUGGUGUGCUGGUUAAACUUGAAACGCUCAAUGCCAUGAACAACCUUAUCGUGAAAUUGCCACCGGAACUGAGCCAGUGCAAAAAUCUGAAGCAAAUCAACUUUAGCAACAAUCAAAUCAACGAAUUUCCCAUCAUGGUAUGCGGUUUGAAGCAGCUGAACCUGUUGGAUUUGUCACGGAAUAAAAUCACUUCGAUUCCAGACGAAGUCAGCGGCCUGCAAGUGACGGAACUGAACGUCAAUCAAAAUCAGAUCUCUGCAAUAUCGGAAAACGUUGCCCUGUGCCCAAAGUUGAAAACAUUCCGGAUAGAGGAAAACUGUUUACAAGCCAGUGCAGCCCUGUCCAAAAUUUUAAAGGAUUCGCAGAUCUGCAAUCUGUCUGUGGACGGCAAUCUGUUCAGUUCCAAAGCGUUCGCCGAACUGGACGGAUACGAUGCCUACAUGGAGAGGUACACAGCCGCUAGAAAAAAGAUAUUCUAAUUUGCCUUAACUUUUGAGAUUGAUAUCUAUUUGUUUAUUUUUAUGCACGCUUUCAAAGUGUAUCAAUGUUGGAGUGAUUAAUAAAGUAAUCU